AUGAAGAAGUUAGGAAGGCUACAAUUUCAGCUAUGCUUGUCAGACUAUAUCAUACCAGCUUUAGUAGAGGCUCUUCACAAGGAACCUGAGACUGAAAUUUGCUCAACUAUGAUUGAUUCACUCAAGGAAUGUGUAAAAAUUUGUGGGUCCCUUUUACAUGAAAAUCAAGCUAGAAGCAUUGUUAAAAAAAUCAAACAGGUGAUCACUGCCAGCUCAGCAAGAAGAAAUGAAAGGGGUGAAAGAGUCAAUACAGAGGACUUUGAUGUAGAAGAUGGGGAAAUGUUGAAACAAGAAAACGAAAUGAAUUAUCUUUGUUAUUUAUGCGAUCGUAGUUAUGAGUAUAGUACAUUGAGCAAUGACGAAGAACAAGAUGAAGAAGAGGAGGAGGAAGAAGAUAUUGACUAG